AGAAAUCGUGUCGUGUCAUUCAAACGUCGGAAAUAUUUUCGCAAAAGCACGAAACGACUGCCGCUUGUGUGUUUUGCAAUAUUGUACAAUAUUAUUGUCAUAUGUGCUAGCCAGAAUGACAAAAACACGCUUCAACACCUACGAUGUAGUCUGCUCCGUGACGGAGCUGCAAAAGCUCAUCGGAAUGCGAGUGUAUCAGAUCUACGACAUCGACAACAAAACCUACCUGAUCCGGUUAACUCGGAAUGAGGAAAAAAUAGUCCUGCUGCUGGAAUCGGGAAACCGGUUCCAUACGACCGCUUUCGAGUGGCCCAAAAAUGUAGCUCCCUCCGGAUUCACGAUGAAACUGCGAAAACACCUAAAGAACAAACGCCUAGAAAGCCUCCGGCAACUCGGAGUAGAUCGUAUCGUCGAUCUACAGUUCGGUACCGGAGAAGCUGCCUACCACAUCAUACUGGAAUUGUAUGAUCGAGGAAACAUUCUGCUGACGGAUUGCGAACUCAAAAUUUUGAACAUUUUGCGGCCUCAUGUCGAGGGAGAAGAAUUGCGGUUUGCUGUGCGAGAACGAUACCCGACGGAUCGGGCAAAAGAAGAUAAGGGUCCUCCUCCGAUGGAGAAAGUGAGAGAAGCAAUUGCCAAGGCCCAUCCAGGUGACACUCUGAGAACGGCUCUUAAUCCUAUUUUAGAAUAUGGAGCUUCCGUUAUUGAUCAUGUGCUGCACAAGUACGGCUUAUUUGGUUGCAGAAUUGGUGGUGAACUUCCGGCGGAUGCUGUCGAACUUCCUAAAAAGGCCAAAAAGAAACAAAAGGCACUUGCCAAAGAGUGUUCGAAGGUAUUCAAUCUGGACGAAGAUAUGACGGCGCUGAUGUGCGCCAUCAACGAUGCAGAGACGAUGUUGAGGACGGCCAUGACGGAGCCAUCCAAAGGAUACAUCAUUCAGAAGAAAGAUUUAAAACCUGCCAAGGAAGGUGAACCGCAAGAGUUCUAUUUUACGAAUCUGGAGUAUCAUCCGUAUCUGUACAAUCAAUACAAAGAUGAUCCGGUACAGGAAUUUUCCAGCUUCACGGCAGCUGUCGAUGAGUUCUAUUCGACGUUGGAAGGUCAAAAGAUUGAUCUGAAGGCUUUUGCCCAGGAAAGAGAGGCUCUGAAAAAACUUUCCAACGUUCGAACGGAUCACGCCAAGCGACUUGAGGAUUUGACGAAAGCACAACUGGAGGACCGAAAACGGGCUGAGUUGAUUACCAGAAAUCAGAAUCUGGUGGACAGUGCUCUGCUGGCCGUUCAGAGCGCCCUUGCUGCACAAAUGGCUUGGUCGGAUAUUCAGGAUUUGGUAAAGGCGGCUCAGGCCAAUAUUGAUCCGGUUGCUUCCUGCAUCAAACAGCUGAAGUUGGAAAUCAACCACAUCUCGCUAGCUUUGAAAGAUCCCUAUGCCGUACUGGACGAGGAGAUUGAUGACGAUGAGGAUCAGGAUCGUGAAGAUGAUGAAGAUAGACUGGAACCUAUGGUGGUUGAUGUGGAUCUGGCUAUGACAGCUUUCGCCAACGCCCGUCGUUACUACGAUCAGCGUCGAUAUGCUGCCCGGAAGGAACAGAAGACCAUUGAAUCUUCGUCUAAAGCUUUGAAAAAUGCCGAGAAAAAAACGAUUCAAACACUGAAGGACGUCCGCACUCAGACAACGAUUUCCAAGGCGAGAAAGGUUUAUUGGUUCGAAAAAUUCUAUUGGUUCAUAAGUUCGGAGAACUAUUUGGUAAUCGGCGGACGUGAUCAACAGCAGAACGAGUUGAUUGUGAAACGCUACAUGCGCGCCACCGACAUCUAUGUGCAUGCGGAGAUCCAGGGUGCUUCGAGCGUAGUCAUUAAGAAUCCUUCUGGAGAAGAAAUUCCUCCUAAAACAUUACUAGAGGCGGGAACGAUGGCAAUUUCGUACAGUGUGGCUUGGGAUGCAAAGGUUGUCACGAGUGCUUACUGGGUGAAAAGCGAACAGGUCAGCAAGACGGCUCCGACGGGUGAAUAUCUGACGACUGGUAGUUUUAUGAUUCGUGGGAAGAAGAACUUUUUGCCACCUUGUCAUCUGGUGUUGGGGUUAAGCUUCAUGUUUAAGCUGGAAGAGAGUUCCGUGGAGCGGCAUAAGGGCGAACGAAGAGUUAGAAAUUUUGAUGAGGAAUCUAUCAUAAGCAAGGACGAUCGGUCGGAAAUUUCCGAGAUUGUCGAACAAGAGGUACAACUCGAGGAAGGAGAAUCGGAUAAUGAUGAUACCGAAGAGAAGGACGACUCAGAUAAACCUAUAUCAACUGAAGAAGUUUUAGAACAGAUUGACUCCCUUGCAGUCAAGGAGGAAGACGAACCACAGCAGUCGGAUUCAGAAAGCGAUGACGAUACGAAACCAAAAUUUCCGGAUACACGUGUGAAAGUUGAGCACGACACGGGGAAAGUUUCGGUACAAACAGAUCCAACGCUGCAGCGUCUCACUUCCCAGCCAGCCGAUCCAGAAUCGGUCAUCUUUCUUGGGGACAACAAACCUUAUAUCAUAACUCCAGCCCCACCGCGCAAAAAGCAGGUUCAAAAAAGCAAACAAAAGGCCAAGGAAAAGGAAAGGGCUCGUGAAGAAGCGGCUGCUCGGGGCAACCAAAAGGAUGAAUCGCAGAAGCAAGGUCAACUGAAACGAGGCCAGAAGAACAAAAUGCGUAAGAUUAAAGAAAAAUACAAGGAUCAGGACGAAGAGGAUCGCAAGCUAAUGAUGGAUAUUCUAAAAUCUGCCGGCAACAAAUCCAGUAACAAUUCAAAGGAUGAAUCUACAGCGAACGAUCAGAAGAAGUUACCGGGCAAAAAACCAACCCCUCGUCCAAAAACAGGUGAAGUUGAUGAUCUGGGUGAUGAAACUCCGGCGGCAGCAGAUGUCGACAUGCUGGAUUCUAUGACGGGUCAACCGAUGGAGGAGGAUGAACUACUAUUUGCUAUUCCCGUAGUUGCACCGUACCAGACGCUGCACAACUACAAGUUUAAGGUCAAACUAACACCUGGCACAGGCAAGCGGGGUAAGGCCAGUAAGACAGCGCUGCAGAUUUUCCUAAAGGAUAAACAGUGCACUAGCAGGGAGAAGGAUUUGCUUAAAGCAGUCAAGGAUGAACUAUUGGCGCGGAAUAUACCGGGCAAGGUGAAGCUGUCGGCUCCGCAGUUGCAGAAAGUCAGGAAGUAAUGACUCACGUUGAGCGCUCGCUUCGACGUGGGUAGCUGUCGUUCAUUCUCUUCCACUAUUUAGCUGUUUGUUGAUAAUAAAAUAAAUAAAUUUCUGUUUACCGCUUCGCAUGUGUACACCGAGCUAAAAAAUCACGUAAAUAUUAUAAAAUGGUACCUACAUUGAUGAAUUUCAAUUAAGAUAGUACACAAUACAUACAUUCUAUGUGAUUGUCACAUUCUUCAGUGUUGUAUUUAAAGAACGUGAGUAUUACGUGAACAUACGAUGUGAAAAAUGUAAACAUAUUUUAUGUGGCUUCACACAUUAACAGCACAAGGCGAAUGAGUUAUGACCGGAUAUUUGCGAGCAGUUAACUGAAGGUAUUUAAACAUAAAUUCAAACAUUUAUAUACACAAGGAAUAUUACCAUCAAAAAGAAAAUACAUUUCAAAUAUUGCCCCUAGCAUUACUUGUAGCUUUAAACAGUGGGUUCUCCAUAUCUCCCGAUCACCAUACAAUCCACCAUGUAGUGAGAACAAUGCUUCCACGAAUGGUUUAAAUUGAUGUACUCGAGAUGUACCGAUGUAAUUUAGAUUGUACUGGUUAUAGCACCAUAAUAACCAUAUGUGCAAUAUGCUCUCUCUUUGUAUUCACGGCCCUUGUUGCGGCUCAUAUUUUGCUUCGCCCUUUCGCGUUCUUAUGUGUU